GACGUCCUGAGUUAGUAUUGUAGCCUUCGUCGACCUGUUUACACGCGUCCGAGAUAAACAGUUAAAAGAUGAGGUGUGAUUGUGACUACGUCCUUACCAAUGGAGAGUUAUUAGCAAAGCAUUAUGACAACUGUCGGUUGGCGUGGGAUGAACUGCAUCCAGGAAAACCAUGUCCCAAAAAUGCAGAUGGUACCAUAAAGUUGUUGAAUAAACAUCUAGACAACCUAGAUGUGGAUAUUCUGUAUCACUUGGGCCUUGAUACAAGGACUUACGACCUUCCUGCCAUGUUUGGAGAUGUCAAGUUCGUAUGUAUGGGUGGCACAAAGGUUCGCAUGCGUGAGUUUGCAGAGUACAUGCGGGAAGUGUUGGACCUGCCGAACAAAGGGGAGAAGCUCGUGAAUCUGACGAAACACUCGCAGCGAUACGCCAUGUAUAAAGUUGGACCUGUUCUCUCCAUUAGUCAUGGCAUUGGCAUCCCAUCGAUGACAACAGUCCUUCAAGAAGUGAUCAAGUUGAUGUACUACGCGAAGGUUAAGGAUCCUAUCUUCUUCAGAGUUGGCACGUCUGGAGGUCUUGGUAUACCGGCUGGUUCAGUCGUCGUCUCAACGUUCGGAGUGAAUGGAAAUUUGGAGAAGACUUACGAUGUUCCAGUGCUAGGCAAAACUCGCAAGCUGCCAGCAUUCCUCGACCAAAGGGUGUGCCAAGAAGUUCAAUCGCUGAGCUCUGAUGACGAUGGCUUUGGUACAUUCAUGGGCGGAACUAUGGGAGCUGAUGACUUUUAUAGAGGCCAAGCGCGUCUUGAUGGGCCUUUCUGCGACUACACUGAGGCAGACAAGAUGACUUUUCUAAAGACGCUAACUAACAUGGGUGUCCGUAACAUAGAGAUGGAAGCCACAGCCUUUAGCGCUUUCACUAGAGAAGCAGGAAUCCGCGCCAGUAUUGUUUGCGUCACAUUCUUAAACCGACUCCAAGGCGAUCAGGUGACUCCAAGCAAAACUACAUUAACAGAAUGGCAGAGACGACCUAUGCUUGUAGUCGGCAGAUACAUUGCUCAGUAUUUUAAGGAGAAAUGACACCAACGAUGACAACAAAAAAAAACCACACAGCAAAAUGGCAUGAAUAUUGAUGAAGGAAUAAUUGUAAAUGUCCUGAAGACUAUGUUGCUAAGUCGCUAAGCCUAAC